GUUUUACUCAUUGCUAUUAGACGUGUAGUUUUUCAACUGUUUAUAUACUAGUUAUUUACGAAUAGUAAAAUCAAUAUUUGAAGGGUUAACGAUGGAAUCAGAGCAGUCUUGUUGUUCAUCCUCCGUGUGCUGCGGGGCGCCGGUGCAAAAAGGAUGCUUCGUAUUCGCCAUCAUAAAUACCAUAUUAUGCCUCGCACUUUCUCUCGGAAGCCUUGCUUUCCUGAUCUUUGCCCUGUAUGCCUGGUUCGACGGAGAAUCCCGCGGCCCUAACGACAUGGUGCUGGUGUACCUGUUCACGGGAAUGGCUGUGGGGUGCUGUGUGGGCAGUGCCUUAGCGCUCACGUUCGCCGUCGUGCUAGUUGUAGGAAUACGCAGGGGCAACAAGGGCUAUGUGAUGGCCUACCUGAGAUACGGCAUCGCCGUGGUGGUGCUGAGCGUGCUCGGGUGUCUCGGGUUCAUCGGGCUCGAGUGGGGGGAGACCGACCUCAUGAAGUACGCUUUGAUCCCUCUCGCGGUCUGUGUUUUAUACUCGUUGAUGCUGAUCCCCGUGUACCAGACCUAUGUGGUAUUUUCAAAAAGCGCUCCUGCCACACACGCGAGACUGCUCAACACUUAUGAUUUUUGAAUACCAUAUAUCUAAAAAAGUCUGACCUGAAGGCCGCAAGCGCAACGCCUGGAUCUGAGGCCCAACGAAAAUUGAAAUUUCGUUAUCUGCCUCUAUAUCGAGCGUAUUUGAGCGAGAGAUGACUUGCUUUAGCAGUCGGUCUCAAGUACAAAAAGUACUGAGAUUGACUGAAGUAGCAUUACAAAUAUGAACGUUUCCGAGAAAAUACGAUGGAAAGCAAUAAUGCUCUACAUCUGUAACAGCCAUAGAAUAACCAGUUUAAUUGGAAUUUGUUGCACCAGAAUACCGUAACAAAUUUGCUAAAAUUAUAAAGGGGCCCACUGAUUAACAGUC